AUUUUACUAAUUCUAAAGCUAUUAGAGGAGUUUGAAUAUGUUAGAUAUUCAUCCAUAGUGAAGUAGAUUCUGCGAUAUAAAUGUACUGCGGUCGGAUGGGUGACAAUUAUUAUAUUGUUAAAUGCUAUUUUGAUUAAUUUUUCUUGUUAUCUGAUUUACUUGCGUGCAUUGUUAGAUAGUUAUUAAUUUGAGAAAUGUUGUAGAAAUAGGGGAAACUAUGGCCAAUUUUUUUUAGGAUUCUUAAACGAACAUGUGUUUUAAUAUUUAAUUACUAAGUGUGCUUUAAAUUUUUCUAGCAACUUGUAAGUUUUUUAUUUCAAUCUUGUUUGUUAGGAAUUUUAUUUUUAUUUUUAAAAUGGAUAAGUCAUGGAUGGAAGAGAAGAGAGAAACCCCACAAUUCGUAGAAGGAUUUAAUAACUUUUUAGAGUUUGCCCUAAAGAAUUGUAGCGAUCCUGAAAAAAUUCGCUGUCCUUGUGUCGAUUGUGGUAAUAUAUCAAAAGGAAAUAUUACCAUGUUAAAGAAUCAUGUAUUUUGUCGUGGAAUCGAUAAAAGUUAUACUAAAUGGUAUUGGCAUGGGGAAUCGCAGAAUAUGACAAGGAAAUUGAGCAGAAAAUAAAUGAAUUAAAAGAGAAAGUUAGUACUGAUGUAAGUCAAAGUGUAAAAUUAUGUUCGGAUAACAUUGACAAUGUUGUGGCUGAGGGUGUCAUAAUUGAGGCAGUUGGUUACUUUUCAUAUCAUGGUGACAUAAUUACAAAUGAUUAUGCACGGGUUCAAAUCACACAAGUUAUUCAAGGGGAAGCUGAAAUCCCAUAUCCAAGAGGUGCAAUACGCUAUGUUUGUGAUGCAUGUAACAAAUUGGUUCCUUGGCCUAGGGAAUUGAUUUUGACUGAAGAGGGUUCUCUAAUUAAGAAGCUUCAUAGUUCAAACAACUCGAAGGGGAAAGAGAAAUGUAAAGGAAAAGAGAAGAUAGUGGAACAUCUUGAUUCCACUAAAUCUUAUGAGAAAUUCAUUGCAGAGGUACUUGACAAGACUCAUAUUUCUCUUCAGGCCAUGUUCUUGGAAUAUAUGAGAGUAAAAGGUAAAAAUGAGUUUGUGAGGGUUCCUGUUAACCCAUCCUUAUUCUACCGAGUUCACAUCUACAUAACUUCCGAAGAUGUCAUACAAGUGGCCACCCAAGAUGAACUUACGGGUUCAGCUAUGCUAUUUGGACUAAGAUGCAUUUGGGAAAAUUUAAAUCAAAGACAAAAAGAGUUAUACAAGUUUUAUGAUGUCGAGCUUCUUAGUUAUAACAAUGAGCAGGACAAGGUGAUAGCCAUCAAUCAAUUAUCAAUUUGGUUAAACACUAUGACUCAUGUAGGACAAUACUAUUUUAUACCAUGGAACAUAGGCAAGCAUUGGAUGUUGAUUAUAGCAAUGACAUCGGGAAGAGUUGUAUUCUUAAACCCGCUUAAAUCUAAAAUCCCGUCAGACAUUGCUCAGAUGAUAAAGGCGUAAGUUUAGAACUUUAAGUUAUUCAUUCUAAUAUAAUCAUCAAUUAAUAAAUUCUAAAAGCUUAAAUUAUAAUUUUUUUUAAUGUCUUUAACAAGGCAUAUGCAA